AUGCCUUCGAUCACUACAGAUUCAGCCGUUACUACUCAGGCUAGCAAUGGCAGCAAAGAUCAAGUCCACUAUAACAAUUGGCCCAAUGACAAAGGCUUUGACCCCGAAUACGAACAGCGCGAGACUGUUGAACUCCAAGUGACCGGACAUAUCCCUGCCUAUGCCGCGGGAGUUUUGUACCGCACAGGGCCAGGCGCGAGUCAAGUGGAAGCCGACAAUGGAGAAACGCUACGACUAUCACACUGGUUCGAUGGAUUCAGUCAAACCCAUCGUUUCCAAAUCCUCGCUCCAGAGGACUCCAGCGCCUCGCCUCGAGUGCUGUAUAAUUCCCGCUUCUCGACCGAUGACUUGAUGGAAGAAGCCAGAAGAACCAGAUCCCUAGACAUGGUCAGCUUCGGACAGAAACGCGACCCCUGUAAGAGCGUAUUGGGCAAAGUCCAUAGCGAGUUCGUCCCACAGCCACCCACCCCCUCCAGUAAGAACAUCGGUGUCACACUCUCUAUCAAUGUCCCCGGUCUCGACGAGACACCCGAUUCGACCUCACGCUGGAGCGAUUCAAAGCAAAUCCGAACCCUCUACGCUAAGACCGACUACAAUGCCUUCAAAAAACCUCGAUCCCGAGACCCUGGAGCCCAUCGGCCUAGCCACGCAGACAAAUCUACACCCGGACCUCUCAGGCCCACUAUCAGCAUCCCAUGCCCGAUCCGACCCCCCGCAACAGGCGAAACCACAAUCCUGGCAACCUUCGACGCAACCCCAGCAUACCUGCACUCGCUCCUCAUCACCGAGGAACACGUCGUGCUAUGCGUGUGGAACUCACACGUCAACCCGCUCAAACUGAAAGAAUCAUUCAUAAACGCCAUCGCACCGACAGACCCAUCCCAGCCCGCGACCUGGUAUGUCAUCGACCGCAAGCACGGCAAUGGAUUAAUCGCCACAUACGACAGCCCUGCUUUCUUCUGCUUCCACACAGUCAACGCCUGGCUCGAGCCUUCAGCCGAGGAUCCGACGAAGACGGAUAUUGUGGCAGACGUGGUGAGAACCGAUAGUUCCGACUUCAUCAAGACACUGUACUACGAUACGCUGAUCUCGUCGUUCGAUGCGGCCAAGGACUUCCAGAAAAAGAGAAGUGACUUCUACCGGACGACUUUCACUCGCUUCCGUCUACCUGCGGUGCCAUCUGCGCCAUGCGCGGAAACACGGAAGGCGGAGGUUGAGUGGUCUGCUUGCAAGUCGUUGUCGCCUGAGUUGCCGACUAUGCAUCCGAAGCGAGUUACGCAGAAGCAUCGAUAUGUUUAUGCGGUUACUUUCCGUGGUGAGGCGACUCUGACGGAUGGGAUCAUGAAGUUGGAUUGCGAGACGCAGGAGUCGAUGCUUUGGGCUUGUCAUGGUCAAUCGCCUGGUGAGGCUAUUUUUGUUCCGAACCCGGAGGGGACUGAUGAGGAUGAUGGUGUGUUGCUCAGUGUCGUUCUGGACGGACAGAGGGGGAAGAGUUAUUUGCUCUGUUUGGAUGCUCGCGAUCUGUCGGAGCUGGGUCGGGCGAAUGUUGAUGGGGCGGUUGGAUUUGGGUUCCAUGGACAGCAUGUUCCUACUCUUGGUGGAAUGCCUACCGGUGAUUACUAG